AUGAAUGAACCAUGGCUUAGAGGGACUAGAGAAGGUUGUUUGAUGGGUCCUCAAACUCAAGGUGUGUAUACUUUAACUAUUAAUGAUCUAUUGCUACCUAAUGUCAAACAAUGGAAUAUGGGAGUUUUACGUGAUUUGUUUGAUUACUCAGUGGUUCGUGAUAUUCUACAAGUUCCGUUGUCAGAAGAAGUGGUUGAAGACCGUAUGAUCUGGAAGGAUGAUGUAAGUGGUAAUUAUAGUGUCCGAUCGGGAUAUAGAAGUUGGAGAAAGCAUCACGAAAGUGUGGGCUUGGUUGAGGAAGGAGUAAACUGGAGUGAUCUCUGGAAUAUAAUAGCUCCGUCUCGAGUGAAACAUAUUAUUUGGAGGAUUUGUAGUGGUUGUCUCCCAUCUAAGGAUAUCCGGUCCCUUAUAUUCGAUAUUUGCAUGAAGGAGGAUAGGCUUACCGCAGGAAGAGUGGCGGUUUUGUUGGAAGGGCUAUGGAAGAAUAGGAAUGACUUCGUGUGGCAUAAUGAAAAGGAAUAUGCUUCCAAACUUGGUUGGUUAGCAUUCCAUAAGUGGCAAGAUUGGUUUAUGGCCCAAAAUAUUCUGGCGCCGCGGUUAGAUAAUGGAGAAGUGGUUUCAUGGUACCCGCCUCCUAUUGGUAGCUUCAAAUGUAAUGUGGAUGCCGCUUUCAAUAAGCGUGUAGGGACUACGAAUCGAGGAUGGUGUAUGCGUAACGAUCACGGUAACUUUGUUGGCGCGGGUACGGCUUGGGAUAAUAGUAACUUUUCGGUGUUGGAAGCUGAGGCCUCAGCUCUUAAGGAAGCAAUUCAUUCUGUUAUUAUGUUUCAUAAUGCUCCGACAAUUUUUGAAAGUGAUUCUCAACAGGUGGUCCAAGCCCUUACAUCUAAUAAGCCGGGUAGCUCUGAGUUUUCCUCUAUUAUUAAUUCUAUUAAGCUGUUGCUAUUAGAUUUCCCCUACUUUGAGGUUAAGUUUAUCAAGCGUCAAGCGAAUAUGGUUGCCCAUACCUUAGCUAAGGCGACCAAUUCUUGGUCUCGACGCUGUAUGUUUGAUGUAAUUCCUCCUUGUAUUACUCUUUAUUUGAUUAAUGAAAGCAGUUAA